UUUAUCCUCUCAAAUCUUCGGUCUUAGUGUUAUCUGUAUCGUGUCCAUUGUAAAUUCGUAAAAAAGGCAAAGAUUGUGAACAAGAUCGGUUUAAUGAUUUUCGUGUGUGAGUAAUAAUUAUUCAUCGUAACAUCUUUAAUUUAUAAUCUUUUAGUAGUUGGAAAAUAGAAGUUGAAAUAUGGACAAAAGGAAAUUAUCAACUGCGGGCGAUAGCCUGUAUCAAAUACUGCAGGUACCCAAAACUGCAACCGCCGAUGAUGUCAAAAAAAGUUAUCGUAAAUUAGCAUUGAAAUAUCACCCGGAUAAAAACUCAAAUAAUCCAGAGGCAGCGGAAAAGUUUAAAGAGGUGAAUCGUGCUCACAAAAUAUUAAGUGACGCUACAAAGAGAAAUAUCUAUGACAACUAUGGCUCCCUCGGAUUAUACAUAGCUGAGCAAUUUGGAGAAGAAAAUGUCAACUUCUACUUCACUGUAACUAGUCCUGCGUGCAAAGCCCUUCUCGUUAUUUGUUGUAUUUUGACGGGAUGUUACUGCUGCUGCUGUCUUUGCUGUUGUUGUAACUGCUGCUGUAACAAAUGUAAACCGCGACCACCAGAAGAGUCUGGUGAUUACCAUACUCUUGAACGCGACGAUUCAGACGGGAUACAUCCGGUGACAAUGCAGCCAGGUGGUGAAGGUCGUCCGUCCGGUGAACAGGCGCCACCCAUCGCUAUGCCGGCGCCGGCUCCGGGCGUAUCCGAGAACACGGGUCUCAACACAGGGAGCAGUAUUCCAAAAUACACAUGAAGUAUUUACAGCUAAUCUAACGUUAAUUGUAAGAGAAAUGAGGAACUGACUACUUAUAACCACCAACAUGCCAGCUUCUUACAGUUGUAAGCGUAAAAUAAUUUUAUGUUUACGUUUUUUUUUUUAUAAUUGUUUAUUUAAGUAUUGGUUUAAUGUUAUUUGUUAUUUAUUACCUACUCGUUUAAAAUCUGUGCCAUCGUUCGCGGCUAUUUUAUUGCAAAGAUAGUUAACUACGCGAUGAGCCUUUUUGAAUUUUAUGUUUUUGUACACCUUUUUUUUUUGUUUUUUUGGUAAUUAAAAUAUUAAUAAAAUAAAAAAAUGGCCAGGUUUGAAUAUAACAAAACUCAUAAUUUUAAUUAAUUUAAUAUAAUAUUUAUCGUUUGUAACCUGUUUUAUCCUGCGUUAUUUAAAAAUAAAGAAAUACAAAUUUGAAGUUAAAAGAAUAAGGUUUUGGAAUACUGCCACUUUUUAGCCUCGGCCUAGUUUCUUUGCCUUGUUAUUUAUUGAUUCCAUUUUAAGGUCAAGUAUUUACAAAUGAGAUAUUACUAAAAUAAUACUGCUAAUAUAAUAUUAUUAUAAUUCAUUAAAUACAUGAUAAAAAAUUUGUAUAUUGGCACAUUUAAAAAAUGCUUUAAAUUAUGGAUAUUACGUUAACAGAAAUACUUUAAAUAAUCUAUUUUACACGUAGGGCGUUAGUUCUAAGUUUAUUUUAUAAUAUUUUUUGGUUAGAUAUGAAAUUAAAAGUUACAUUUCGAUAGUUUUAGCUUAAAAUAAUUGCAGAAUGCAUUGCAAUUUAUAAUGAUUAUGCCUGUAUGAAUAUUAUUAUUAUAACGAUAAAUAAAAAAAACGUAUCAACGUACAGUGAUUAUAGUCUAUAAUUUAGAGCACAUCAUAAUAUGUUAUAAGUUAAUUAUAAAAGCGGUGUCUUAGAAUAAAGACUAAUGUCUUGUUAUUGUAGUUGAUAUUUAAAUUGUAUGUAAAUCUGACAUAAAUCACAAAAUUAGAUGCACACAAAACAUGCUAGAUAUAUAAUAAUUCUAUUUAUAUAAUAUAUAAUGGACUUUGUACACCAAUGUCUCACCCGAGAUGUUAAUACCGUACACGUGGUAAGUAAGAAUUAAUAUUUCGUCAAAAGAAUAAAUUACGAAAUGUUGUUCGUUUAAAAACAAGCCUUGGUACCGGUUUAUGAUAAUUUAAAUAAUGUUCAAUUCCAUUAAUAGUGUCGUCUUAUAUCGAUGUAGAAUAAAUAUGUAUGGAAAUCAGCUGUUUUUAAACGAUUUCUAAGUAACUUUCGCUUAUGAUAGGUGUAUUAUAACGUAUUGUAACGUCUCUAUAUGAAAUAAUAAAUAUAAAUACAGUUGAACUCUGA